UUUCAAAGUUUGAGGACAGUAUCAAUCCCCAUAUUUGAACAACCUUGAUCGCACCAAAGCAUCCGCUGUCAGCAGUAUUUUCAUGUGCGGACUCGUAAGUGUUGACAUCGUCGUCCAUCCGUCCAUCGUAAACAGCAAGAUGGGAGAGAGAAAGGCUGUCAAUAAAUAUUAUCCACCCGAUUGGACCCCAGAACAGGGAUCUCUUGACAGAUAUCAUGGACAGCACCCGCUGCGUGAAAGAGCAAGGAAACUUGGUCAAGGAAUUCUUAUCAUCAGGUUUGAGAUGCCAUAUAAUAUAUGGUGUGGUGGAUGUGGAAAUCAUAUUGGAAUGGGUGUACGCUACAAUGCAGAGAAGAAGAAAGUUGGUAAUUACUACACAACACCCAUUUAUAGAUUUCGGAUGAAGUGUCAUCUCUGCGACAAUCACUUUGAGAUUGAAACUGACCCUAAGAAUUGUGAUUAUGUCAUUGUAAAUGGUGCAAGAAGAAAGGAAGAGAGAUGGGAACAGUCGGCAACAGAAGCUAUUGCUUUAACAGACAAGGAAGAUGUCAAGAAGAUGGCUGUUGAUGCAAUGUUCAAAUUGGAACAUGGGGUUGAAGACAAACAGAAAUCAAAGGAGGCCUUACCCACCCUAGAGCAGCUGAAGGAAGUUCAGUCCAUAUGGAGUGAUGAUUAUGCAGCCAAUCAGCUGCUCAGAAAGAGAUUUCGAGAGGAAAAACAGGAGUUAAAAGUUCAAGCAGCAAAAGAUGACGAGUUGAAAGAGAGAGGGGCAUUAGAUGUCGCUCUUGUACCAGAAAAACAAGAAGACAUUGAGCUGGCCAAGAAAAUCAGAUAUCACGGACAAGGUUUUGAUGCGCAUCGUCGGAAACGUCGCUCUGAAGUCAACAGUAGGCCCCUGUUUGAUUCAAAAGGAAAAUCCGAUGUAAAAAGACAGAAAGUGAAAGAACUUCUUGGAAAGAGAAAACAAAUGCAGUUCAGCCAUUUCAUAUCGCCUCCCAAAACGAACAGCAACCUGGCUAAGCUCGGUAUCAAGGUUCUUACGAAUAGGUCCAGAGAAAACAAGGACUCGGACAUCUGCCCAGAUAAAGGGCCUUCAGAUGAGGGGGGCGCCCUAACAGGUGAUGUGAACUUGAGUCAAACAAGGGUUUCCACUGUGCUCGACUCGCAUAGUGGACUGGAUAAGAGUGGUGGUUCUGACCUAGAAAAUUGUGAAGGGCCUGACCUGGAAAUGACGUCACAAACUGAAACACGUGACGAAACCGAGGAUCGCCUUUCAAACCAAGGAGAGCGCAUCUCAAGUAGUAUUUCAAUUUCAGAUGCGAAGGAAAAUCACAAGUCUGGGAUAGAAAUGUCAAAUAAUUUAACACUGAAUACGAAUUCUUCCGUCACUUCUUUGGUGUGUUGUGAUUACGCCGACUCCAGUGAUGCUUCAGACGAUCUUACAUGAAGCAGACGACACAAAGAUGGAGGCUUUGACAAAUAGCCAGUGGAGUGUUUUGCCUCAUGUCUGAACCACUUGCUCGCACAGCCUUCCUUGUAUACUUAAGAAUAAAUCAAGUGAGCAUUGCCUGCAAAUAAUCUUUGUUUUCCUGUUCUUUAAUUCCCCUGCACAAAGUUUCAGGAGCCCUUUGCAACAGUUUGUUAGAUCAGCGCCAAAUUAGAACAGGUAGUACAAAAGAGGCACGGGACACUAGGAAUUGGACGAAAUUAACUGAACUGACUGAAAUUCCUACGAACUUUUCCUCUUGGGUUUUCCACACCAAUUUUAACUGUAAUUACGAAAGAAUCCUUUCCUUUCAGGACAACACGGACUUUUUAUCCAAAAAAAAAGGCAUUGUAUAAACAUGACCACCUACAUAGCGUAAAAUUUCGAUAACACCCCCCCCAGCGCCUCCACCCCCGUCCCUACUCCCCACAAAAACAACAGCAGGGACCAAAAAAAUUGAGUCGAUCAAUUAAAUGUUCUCUUGCUUCUCCAA